GCCCUCGAUGUGAUUGGCAUCAGUACCUAGGCGCGGCAGCUUGCAGAGCGGCAGGUUGAUUUGCUCGAGUGGCAUGGCUCUUUCGGAGUUAAGCGAGCACGUCUUGGAGGUCGUCCUGGGAAAGGUACGGGAUGUUCAGGACAGAGACGCAUGCUCCUUGGUCUGCCAAGCUUUUCGAAGCGCGGAGCGACAGACACGGCAGCACCUGCGCCUGCGUUGUACCGGAGGCAGAUUCAGCAAGCCCGACAUUGCUUCACAGGCAUCACAUCGCUCGAUAUUUCCGACGUCCUCCAUUGCAAGGGGGAGGAUGCGCUCGUGUACGCGCCUCCCAAGCUCUUGCAUCUGGGGCAGUGCUUUCCCAAUGUGCGGAGGCUGACUUGCAACUUUGGCCUGAAAAGGUGGAUCACAGGCGGGCUGCCUUUCCUUGGCAUCUGGACUACAUUGGAAGAGGUGGUCGUCAAGCAGCUCGACCACUCAAUUGCGCCGGAGUCGCUGGUCGACUGCAUCGGGACAGGAACCCUAAUCAUGACUAACCUCAACAGAUUGUCGAGCCUUGGGCAGGCCUGGCUGCCCUUGAAAAAGGGUUUGGAGAUAGGGGUCGAAACCUAG